AUGACGAACACCACCGUCGCCAUCGUAGGUGGCGGCCCCAACGGCCUCAUGGCCCUGAAGAACUUCCGCGAAGACGGCUUUGACGCCACGCUCUUCGAGAGCAGAAGCUGGGUCGGCGGGUUGUGGAAACACUCUACCGACGAGAGUAUCUCGUCCGCUGCGACGACUAUCUUCAACAGCAGCAAGUACCGCGCCUCGAUUUCUGACUUCCCGAUGACCGAGGAGAUGGACGACUUCCCUACGGCGGCGCAGUUGCAGAAGUAUUUUGAGCGGUACUGUGGCCACUUUGGGUUGUGGCCGCAUAUCAAGCUUGGCAGUCCUAUCAAGGGGGUCAGCCGCGAGAGGGAUGACUGGGCGGUGGAGGUUGGAAGUAAUGAAGGUUCGGAGACGAGGAUCGAGCACUUUGACAAGGUCGUGUUUGCGUGUGGCACCUUUGUCAAGCCCAGGAUGCCCGAAAUAGCGGGCAUUGAGAAGUUCGCGGCCGAAGCUGUGCACUCGAUGCAUUUCCGGGAGCCCUCGCGGUACAAGGGGAAGAAUGUGCUGGUGGUGGGACUGCACUCCUCAGCCCAAGACGCAGUCACCGGCCUGGCGCCUUAUGCAUCUCGAAUCUAUCUCUCCCACCGCUCCGGCGUGGUCCUAAUCCCCCGGUACGCCGCCGACGGCUCCGUCUACGACCGCCAACCACCUCUCGGCACCUUCAUUGCGCUCCUCUACCUCCAACACCUCCUUCCCUCGGUCUUCCAGUGGAUCUUCGACACCUUCAUCGGCAAGAUCUCCGCCGCGGCCUUCCCCUCCAUUCCCAAAGCCUGGAACUUCUCUCCUGCCCCUUCCCUCGCCGUCGCUGCCCCAGUGGUCGCCGACGAACUCUACCCGCACCUAAAAUCUGGCCUCUGCGAGCCCGUCGACGGUAUCGCACGUAUCACCGGCCCGAGAUCUCUAGAGUUGAAGUCCGGCCGCAUGUUAACAGACAUUGACGCCAUAGUAUUCUGCACAGGCUACAACUCCCUCAUCCCCGUCCCCCUGUCUCCCUCGUCCGUCAACCCUUUCCCCUCUCUCGGUGCCCCGCCGGUCUUGUACCGCAACAUCUUCUCCCUGCACCCUGACCCGUCGAUCCGGAACAACAUCGCCUUCCUCUGUCAAGCCGGAGCGCCGUUACCAGGCUUCGCCAUGUUCGAGUUCCAAGCUAUCGCCGUGUCGCAGGUCUGGCGCGGGAAAUCCUCUCUCCCGCCUCUCAAGGAGAUGGAGCGUUGGAACAGAGACUACAUGACCUGGCGCGAGCGGAUUGCGAAAAAGUACGGGAUAAAGAGUACCUUUUACAGCGCCUUCGUGCCAAUGGCGGAUUUCUUCCGCUGGGAGGAUCAGUGUGCCGGAGUGGGGCUGAAGAAACGGUUUGGACUUGUUGAGCGGUGGACGACCAAGGAGGCUUGGGGACUUUGGUGGAAUGACAGGCAGUUGUGGGAUUUGUGCAUGGCGGGUUUGUGCAGUCCGGCGAUUUUCAGGCUGUUUGAUGAUGGGAAGCGGAAGACUUGGGCAGGGGCGAGGAGUCAGAUUCUGAAGGAUAAUAAGAGUGCGGCGAGGCAGCAGAGGGAGAGGAAAAGGGCGAUGGCGAAGGAGGAGUAG